UAAAUAAAAUAAUUAUAUUAAAUAUAUAAUAAAUGGCUAUCCCAACGUUGUGGCACGAAUAAAUAUAUAUAGGGCAAAAUUGUAAGAUAAAUAAAAAGUUAGAGUUUGAUAUAAAAAAAAAUACAAAAUGGCGGAUGGACUUAGAUCUGUUUCGAAGACGACACAGGAAGGAGAGGAACAGAAGCAAGAGAAAUCUGAGCUUGAAAAAUUCAUGGAAUUAAUACUAACAAAAAUGGAAGAAAAUAAUAAGAAAAUGAGAAAGAAAUUAGAUGAAAAUAGUCAAAAAGUAGAACAAAAAUUAGAAGAAAAUAAUCAAUCAUUAGAACAAAGACUGGGGGAAAAAUUAGAAAUAACAUUAGAGAAGAUGGAAGAGAAAUUAGAAGAAAAUAGUCAAAAAGUAGAACAAAAAUUAGAAGAGAAUAAUAGAAAAGCAGAAGAAAAUAGUCAGAGGUUGCAGAAAAAACUUGAACAGACCUCCAAGAGAUUAGAGGAUCAAAUUGAACAAAGAAUAAACAAGAGUAUUGGAGAAGUAAAAAUGUUAUAUGAAGAAAUGAUGAAUAAACAUGAAACAUUAGAAACAAAAUUAACUUCUGAAAAUCAAGAAAUAGUAGUUCAAAUACAACAGCAUAAAGAAAGAAUAAAUAUGGUAGAAGAAGAAAUAGAAAAGGAAGCAGAAUGGACGAAUAAGAGAUUUAUGAUGGUAGAUGAAAAUAUAAGGGAAAUAAAGAAAGAACAGAAAACAUCUAAAGAAAAGGAGGAUCAAUUGGAAAAUAAAUGGAAGAUUGAAGUAAAAGAAGUGAAACAAGAAAUAGAAAAAAUGGAGAAGAAAAUAAGAAAUACAACAAAAGGAACAAUAAUACACACAAUUGAAACCUCAGAUAAUAGGAUAUAUUUCAAUGGGGAUUAUAAAUCACAACAUCCAGUACCAUUCAUAAAGAUUCUCAUGACCAAAUAUUUGCAGUAUAAUGAAUUUGAUGAAUUUAGGGAAGUUAUAAGAAACCAAUUAAGAGGAGAAGCAUUAAUUUGGUAUACUAAUGUGGAAAAUGAAUUAGAAAAUUUUGAGCAAUUUAAAACAAAAUUUUAUAGAAUUUUUCUGGGGACUAUCUCGGCAACAAGUAGUAAGAUCUGA